AUGUCCCUUCCGACCGGUGCGGCACCCCCCUCCCCUCUGGGAUAUCAUAGGGUCUUGGGUCCCAACGCUUCCAUCAAGGUCUCUCCGAUUUGUCUGGGAACUAUGAACUUUGGGACUGCGUGGGAAGAGUUGAUGGGCAAAUGUGACAAGGCCACGGCGUUCGCCGUGCUUGAUUACUUUUACGAAAACGGAGGAAAUUUCAUUGAUACGGCAAGCAAUUACCAGUUCGAGGAAACAGAAAAGUGGAUUGGCGAAUGGAUGCAGCAGCGCGGGAACCGGGAUGAGAUGGUCGUUGCGACCAAAUUCUCCAGCGGUUAUCAGUUCCACAAGCCCGGCUAUAGUAUCCAGUCGAACUACGGAGGGAACAAUAAGAAAAGCAUGACGCUAUCUCUGGCGGCUAGCUUGGAGAAGCUCCAGACUCACUACGUGGAUAUUUUCUACGUGCACUAUUGGGAAGGCACGGCUAGCAUUCCUGAGCUGAUGAGAGGUCUCGACGAUCUGGUCCGCUGCGGAAAGGUACUGUAUCUCGGUGCGUCUGACAUGCCCGCAUGGGUGGUUGUCAAAUGUAAUGAGUACAGCCGUCAGCACGGCCUGAGCCAGUUUGUAGUUUAUGAAGGCCGCUGGAAUGCUGUCGAGCGAGAUAUGGAACGAGAAAUCCUCCCGAUGUGCAAGGCGGAAGGUAUGGCCCUCACGAUCUGGGGUUCCCUCGGCGGUGGAAAGUUCAAGUCGGCGGCGCAACGCGGAGAAAGUGGCGGGCGCCACGGUGCCAUGGAUGUCGGCAUACGAUCGGAAGAAAUAUACAGAAAGGUAUCAGCUGCAUUGGAAACUAUCGCCACCCGACGGGACACAGUUAUUACUGCGGUUGCUAUGCAAUAUAUCAGACAGAAGGUGCGAAUUCUGUCACAUUAUGUGGUUUAUUGCUCACUGUGUUCUAGGCACCAUAUAUAUUUCCCAUCUGUGGCGGCCGCAAGAUAG